UCUCUCUCUCUCUCUCUCUCUCUCUCUCUCUCUCUCAUCACCAUCGGCCGAUCUCCCUAUCUGCUACAUCCCUAUAAUUGUACCAUAGCAUUACCAAACUUUGCUCCUCUCUCUAGCCAUCUCUUCCUUUUUCGUUCCUCACCCACACGCACAAACCCCGGCCGGCCCUAUACAAGAAUCAUAUGCCAUAUGCUAGUCAUGACCUAAUCACAUAGAGAUCCAUUUCUCAUCCAACAACAAGAACAGGCACAGCUCUAUCCUCAAUUCAGAAGUGCCUCAGAAGUCAGAAACCUGCAAUGGCUGCUACUGCUGCUGCCACCGAUCUCUCGCUCCAUAUCAGCCCUCCUUGGCCGGCCGCCGACGCUGGGAGGAGCAGUGGCGGCGAGGCGUGCCACGAGACACAAGGAUUCUUCGCCAAGCCGAAGCUACUAUGUCUUGGACUUGAGACGGCGACGGCAACAGAGCAGGAUGACCAAUGCGACCUCCAGCUUCAGCAGCAGCUGCACCAACCUAGCCAGAUCCAGAGGUUCAAGAAAAGCUCGUCGUCGUCAGCGGCGUUAUCCGGAGGCACGACGACGAGAUCUGGGAAUAAUGGCAGCGGCGGCGGUGGGAAGAGGAGCUCCAGGGCGCCGAGGAUGAGGUGGACGACGGCUCUUCAUGCGCACUUCGUGCACGCCGUGGAGCUCCUCGGCGGCCAUGAGAGAGCGACACCAAAGUCAGUGUUGGAGCUGAUGAACGUGAAGGAUCUCACCCUGGCUCAUGUCAAGAGCCACCUGCAGAUGUAUCGAACAGUGAAGGGAACGACGGCAGACAGAUCAUGUGCUGCAGGCCACCAUGUCCAAAUGAGAGACAUGGGCUUUCUGCAGAGGGCUUGUGAACUGAAUGGCUUUGAAGCGUUUAACCACAGUACUCUGAAUACCAGGAUGCUGGCAUCAUCAGCUGCAGGGUCGUCGUCGUUGCCGGCAGGGAAACAGGAGGUCGCCUGGUGCCUGCGGCCGCCCUUGGCGCACCAAAGCGAGCUGCCGCUGCCGCUCCCCUGCCCCUACCUCAUGUCUGCCCACCACAACCGCUACUUGCUCUCACAAGAUCAUCAUCAUCAGGGAUGGCGGAGAGGUGCGCAGCAAGAAGCUGCCUCGCGCGUCCUAGGUCAUCAGGACGACACCACUGCUCGGCGUCUGCACGCAGGCCGUGCUGACGACGCGGCCAUCAGGAGAUCAUCGUGGAGCGCCGCUGGCGUUGCGAGCCGCUCGUCGUCGUUGUCAGCGACGGCGCCUUUGCCGUCGACCGGCGGCACCAGAAGGAGCAGCAGCACAGAGCAGGCAUGCUGGAUGAUGAACAAGCAGCAGCAGCAGGCGCCAUCAUCAAGGGCCAUCGCGGCACCGAACCUGGAGAUCAGCCUGGGGCGGCAGGGGUGGCAACUUAACCUGCAGGAUCAGCAGCAGCGCGGCGGGGAGCCCGCCGCAGCGGCGAAAGAGCUAACCCUUCUCAAGUGCUUGUGACGUUGAUAGCUAAUUAUUAGUCUGUAUAAUGAUCGUUUAAUCAUCAGAUCGGUUACUUACAUAAUUUCGUGAGGAUGAGAUGUGAAAGCAAUUCAUCGAUCAUUCGAUCGACAUUAGCUAGCAGCUAGAGAUGUACAGCGGCGGAUCCAGUGUGGGGACGGGUACCCCCAUGCAUCACAUGGAGCGCCCCCCCCCCCCCCCCCCCCCAAGGCCGGCCGUAGGUACCCUCUCUUCGGUGCGGUGCGGCAACUCUAGGGGAAGAGAUGAUGAACAUAAUGGGGAGCCCGGGACGCUGAGCGGCUUGGAGCUGCGGGUGUCGCAGUUCAUGUGUGCUGCCGACUCUCUGGCUGUGAUGCUCUCAACUUUUGGCUUCUCCAACUACAGCGCCUUCUGGUAAUGCCCCAAACUGCCUCUUUUCUCUGGGUAAAAAAAAAGUGAGCUCUCUGGUUUUGUCUAGCCGUCGUCUCUUGCGAUUUAGUCUGACAAUGGUACCUCGAGAUAAAGGCACAAUGUGCUUCUAUUUUUUCUUUCCA